UUACGAGUUUUACGCUCACAAGAUACGAUUUCUUGUAAUUUUUAUUUUCAAAAUGACAAACAUUAACAUAGAUAAGCUUGGUUUUUUUCACGGACGAUUGCACGGUGCAUAAUGUGAAUAUCAAUUGAAAUCAAUUGUGAUCUAUUGAGAGAAUCAGAGAUACGUCUUCGAGGAUGACAAUCUCUAUAUACGAUUACAAUUAGUAAAUAUAGCACAUUUUCUGAAAUGGAUCAAAUUCAAGAAGCUGCCGGUGAAAGGACACAUAGUACAAUAGAAAAUAACAAGAAACUUGACAAUGAAACUAGUAAUUUUCUUCAACAAGUUUCUGUGACAAGCUCCAUAAGGGAGAAAAUCACAAUGACAGAUAUAACACCACAAAUUAUUGCAAGCUGUAUAAUUCAUUGCAUGGUCAUAAAAGCUGGUAUAAAUAUGGCAUACAGUACAGUUUUAGUAAAUGCAUUAAAAUCAGACAAUGAUAUAAAAGUAACUGAGAAAGAAGAAUCUUGGAUAGCAAGCUUAGCUACUAUAACAUUGCCGAUAGGAUCUAUUAUUGUCGGCCCUCUAAUGGACAAAUUUGGACGGAAAACGGUUUGUUUAUUAUCUUGUAUACCUGCGGCAAUAUCAUGGGUUUUAUUGAUAUUUGCUAAAUCCUUAAGUUCCAUUUAUGUGGCUCGAGUUAUAGCCGGAAUUGCAGCAGGAUUAACAACUGUUGGAUUGGUUUAUAUAUCAGAACUCUCACAUCCGCAAGUCAGACCAAUGCUUCUGUGCCUGAAUUCGGUGUUUGUUUCAUUGGGUAUAUUAAUCACCUGCUGUCUGACAGUACUGGUAGACUGGCGCAAGAUGUCUAUAAUUUUCCUUGCAUUAGAGUGUUGCAUUUUUAUUGCACUUUAUUUUGUACCUGAAAGCCCUUACUGGCUUGUAUACUUUACAAACGGCAUGUUUGACGAAAAACGAAUUUGCAAAAUGAAAUGCAGUUUAAAACGACUUAACAGACGACAAACAAUUUAUGAGCAAGAAUUCUCGCGAAUCAUGGAGACGUGUGGAAACCAAGCAAAUAAUGAGAGGUCAAAAGAUAUAAUAUCAAUGGUAAAAAAUUAUUAUCAACAAUUUACGUCCCCGAAUGUCUAUAAGCCUAUAACAAUACUUUUUUUUCUUUUUCUGUUGCAACAACUCUCUGGUUGCUACGUGAUCAUAUUUUAUGCUUUGGAUGUCUUUCAUGAAAUGGGUGGAACAUUUGGCAAGGGAUUUGAUAAAAACGAUGCCUUUAUUAUGUUAGGUAUUAUUCGAUUUGUUAUUAGUAUUAUUACAGUAUUUUGUAGUAAAAAAUAUGGCAGAAGAGUUCUCUGCAUCUUGAGUGGAAUUGGAAUGACUAUCUCCAUGUUUCUUGCGGGAAUGUAUAUGUAUUUCACAAUGUCAUACGAUGAAAAUGGUAAUAUAGAGGAAACCAUGGUAGAUCAAAAAUGGUUAUUAUUAUUCUUUGUAUUAUCUUACAUCUGCACUAGUACAUUUGGAUUUCUAAAUAUACCGUGGACAUUGAUUGGAGAAUUGUUGCCUGUAUCUAUACGUGGUAUCGGUGGGGGUCUCAUGGUUUCUCUUGCUUAUAUAAUGAUGUUUGCUGUUGUGAAGAACUAUCCUGAUAUUUUAAAAUGCAUGAACAUCGAGGGUAUCUUUUUCUCUUUUAGCUUUAUGUCCUUAAUAGGUACAGCUUUUGUAUAUUUUUUUCUGCCAGAAACUUUGGGCAAAUCUUUUUCCGAUAUUGAGAAAUUUUUCUCACCUAGAAGAGAAAGAGAAAGACACAAUGCUAUUCCUAGAUCUUCCUAAAAUUUUUUGGCUUUUACUUUUGGGUAUUUUGCAUGAUAUUAAUAGGUGAUUGAUAAGAGACUGUUUACUUAAUCCAGUAUAAAAAAGGAAUAAUGUAAUAUCUAAUAAAUUCUCAGACAAUAAAUCUUAACAAUAAAUUGGAAAAAGACCUAAAAGUAAUGUUACAUGUAAUUGAUAGAAUAAUUUUUACAUUUAAAAGUAAUGUAU